AUUCUUGCUAAAAUGGACUGCUUUCCACAACAAUUGCUAAAUCUAGUCACAGGCCGGUCUAAUGCAGGCAAUAUCAAAUUAACAACAGAAUUAAGUCAAGGACCUGUAGAUAUUUUAGCUUUAGGGUCUGGAUGGACAUGGUCAUUUUUAGGUCCAGCAGCAGGAGAGGCAGGAUUAAGAACGAUUUCAACAACACGCAAUGGAGGAAAUGGCACAAUUCCAUUCACUUUUGAUCCAGAAAGUGAUGAUAAAACCCCGUUUGAAUCUUUACCCGAUGCAAAAACAGUUAUCGUCAUCUUUCCACUUUAUUCGGCAGAUGCUGCUAAACGUUUAGUCAAUGGUUAUAUAUCUACUCGUUCAGAAGCAUAUUCGAUGACACCCUUUUCAGAGAAAGCGGUAGACACAUCAAGAGCACGAUUCAUCUUAUUGGGAAGCACUGGAAUUUAUGGUCAAGGUGGGCCCACUUUACAAAAUGCACCCUGUAAUUUAUCUUCAGCCGAUCAAUCAGCCGAUACUUUAUUCAAUCAGACCCUUAAAAAGGGCUCUCAUCAAUCUCCAUGGUUCGAUCGUAACUCAAAGAUUGACGAUGUACCUCGUUCAAGAGGAGAGAAUGCAUUUUUAGAAUUCAAUCAAAACAAAGAUGCCGUACAAACCUCCGUGCUAUGUUUAAGCGGUCUGUGGGGACAUGGACGUUCUUUACGGAGAUAUGUGGGUAGAAUUGCGCCAACAAGAGAACGUUUAGCUAAACUUGGUUCUGUGCAUUUCAUUCAUGGUCAUGACCUUGCCCGUGCACUUUUGGCAAUGCACGAUCAAUGGAACAAAGCGGCAGGUCAAAGGUGGAUAUUAACAAACGAGCGUGUAUACGAUCUUUGGGAUUUGAUAAGCCAGUGGGGAAAUGCUGGUGAAGAUGGACGAGAUCAUAUUCCUCAGGGAUUACAGCCAAUUUGGGUACAAGAAUUGAUUAACGAAUCUCGCAAAAGUAAAAAGGAGUCGACAAGGAUUCGUGCACUUCCAAGAACGCCAGAGCAAUUAGGCUAUGCAUUGGAUAGUUCAGAUUUCUGGUCAACAUUUGGCCUGUUUCCCGAAGUUCCAUGGGUGGACUGAUGUGAUGUACUGUUGCGAUCUUGCUGUAUCUCCGGUAUGAGGUGGAUAAAUCCCUUUUUAAUUCCAUUAACGAUCAGAUCGCUUCAGAAACAUCAAUCAAACCAAAAGCAAGAUCGAGAAGGGUUUUCCAUGGAGAGAAACGGCGCUAUUGCAGCGCCUCAAAGGCUUUGAUCCCUUCGGUAUUCAUAUGCUUGCAGAUCAAUUAAUAUUUUACUGAGCCAAAAUCAUAUGAAGAGCACUAUCUGGAUUGCGCAUGAGCCUCUUUUCAUUUAAACUUCAUUAAACUUUAGGGUUGUUUCUUUUUAUAUUCUCCGAUGGCGUUCUGACCCACACAAGCAACGUCGGAGUUGCAAGCGAAGAUAGGAUUUCCCGAAAUGGAUAAAUCGCUGCCUUCAUUUCGUGAAAAUGAUUUUUGAUCAUCUUUCAUUCAUUUCCAAGAUUUUCAUUUCAAUGUCGCGAUAAUCACUUUUGUUCACCUUUAAUCAUUAUUUAAUAUCAAG